AAAACUGUAUUCAAACCAGUAAUACUUAACAUUCAUUUCAACAUUUAAUUAGUCAAAAAUUUACUACUGUAUAGUACAGUUUGUAAAAAAAUUAUAGUAAUUUUUUACAUUUCAUACUUAAUAGUUUACAUUUGUAUUAAUGUAUAGUAAUGUUGCUUUUAAAAAAAAAAUUAAUAUGUUUUAUACUUUUUUUGGCUCAAAUGAAUGAAGAAGCACCAAGAGUUUUAGCAAAAGGUAGAAGUUCUAAUGACGCAAAUGUCAUUAAAACAUUUUUUAAAAAUGUACCCUGGCAACAUUUAAAUGAUGUUACUAAUGUUAAGUAUUUAAACAAAUAUUAUAAAAUAGAAUAUAUUUUAGAAUUACCUUUUAAUCGUAAAACUUAUGUAAAAAAAUUAAGAAUUGCCACUAUAUUUCUUGGUUGUUCAUAUGCCAACGAUUUAAAAUACAUUUUAUUUAUGUUAAGAAAUGUAACUAAUUACUGUAGAAGUUUAAAUAACCACAAAAAACUGUAUAACUGCUCUAUAGAAAUAAUAAACAAUGCACUUAAAACGAUUCAAUUGGAAAAAAAAUUGAAAGGGGCUAUGGAUGUUAUCGAUAGUUAUCACACUACACCAAUGAAAGAAAAUAAUUUUGUUCAUUAUUUAAUGAGUUCAUUUUUUGAUACUUAUCAUUAUAUUAAAGAGCGAUUAAACGCAUGGCCACCUUCGCAGCACGAUUCAUCAAAAACAAUAUUAACUUUAAAGGUACUCUAUAAAUAUUUAAAUCAAUAUAUUGGAAUUAUAGAAAAAGAAAUUGAACCAUAUUGUACUAUAAACUCCGUGGAUCUAAGCUUGUUGUGGCAUGAUUGGUACAAAAAUAACAAAACAGAAAUGUCUCAACAUCCAAACGAAAAUUUUUAUCAAUUUAUUAAUAAGAAAGUUAGAGAUAAAAUACACGAAACAGUUAUAAAUAAGUUUUUUGAUUUAGGUUUUCUAUUUAAUGUUCAGACCGAAAAGGUUUCUAUACCAGAUAUUUUGUUAGAUAUUAAUAAAGAAAUCAAUACAAGUAAAUUAGCUAAUAAAACUAUCGAGUUAAACAAAAUUUCCUAUGAAUCAGUAGGUAAUAGUCAAGCUAAAAUAGACGAAAACUUCAAUUCAGAAAAAUCAUUUCCGUAUAAUGAAGCUAAUAAGGAAGAAAAUCAAAAAAAUACUGAAACUGCGGAAGUUUCAAAACCAGUUCAGAUUGCUUUUAUGACUAACGGUAAACCAUUUUAUACGUUUUUUUGAAGUUAAAAAAUGAACACUUAUUUGUAAUUUACAACUUUUCUAACACUUCACUUGGAAUUUUUUCAAUUUUUUUGUUAAAAUAAAAAUUGUAUUUUAUGUAUAAAUAGUACUUAAUAUAAUGUAACUUUUAAAUGGAUUAAUUAAAAAAGCUCAAAUAUAUCAAUAUUUAAUGUGCU